GAGGCCAUGUUGUAUGUCCACAAAAAAAAAAGAACAACUCCUCAUCAGCAUUAUAGCCCACACCACACCUAAAAACAAAACACAGCAGCUCACACAUUUUAAAUCCACCGAACAAACAAACUGAACAUCCGGGAAACGAAACCUGAUCUGCAAAAGACGUGGAAUGUCUUAUUUCUUUUCUUCCGCCCUUCAAACCCGGUAAUGAUGGAGGAGUAAAAAAAAGCGACAGGAUUGGUGGAUGCAGCCAGCAAAGGAGAAAUGUAAACCGCUUGGUUUUGUUGCAUCGGGGGGGUUGAAAACUGAACGCUCCCCUCUUGUUUUUUUUCUUUUUUGUUUUUUUUCUUCCUUUCUUCAAUGACAGCAGGAGCCAGCCAGCCAGCCGGGCGGUGCGGAGCGGAGCGGUGCGGUGCGGUGGUAAAGCUUCCACCGGUACGAGAAGGAUUUCCCGGCGAGUCUGCGACAGGACAGCUGAAAACUGGGAAGGGGGAGAGAGCAAGGGGGAAUGACCAGCAUCAAAGGGCCAAAGGUUGGAAUUGAACCCCCGGCCGCUGCGGCAAGGACUGAGGCUCUGCACAUUGGGUGCACACCCCACCAGGAGUCCGACUGUUCUGAGACAGUGAGAGUAGAGGAAAGGUCAGAACCAGGGACAGAUCCAGAAGAAGCAGCGCAAGGAGAUGAUAUUGCUAGCACCAGCACAGGGGACAGGAGCACAGUUUUUAGUUCAGAUCUCAGUGACUGCACGAAGAUGCAGUGAAGGGAUAGAAGAUGAAAAUACACAAGAAGGACAAGCAGCAGAUGUUCACUGGUGUCCUGAAGCAUACGCCCCCUCCGGCCUCCGCCGCUGCAGCCUCCUCCUCCUCCUCCGCCUCGGACCAAAAGAGUCACGCACAAACCACAGUUCCCACAAUCCCGCGGGGCCACCUGGUCCUGGGCCCCAAGGACAAGCUCCGCCUCCUCACCCCCGUGGGCGGCACGGCGCCGCCCAAUCACUGCGCCGGGGCGGCUGGGGCCCCCGCCGCUAAGCACUCCGGAGGAGCCGCGAGACCUCCUUCCUCUCUAAGCGAGGAGGACGAUGGAGGAGGAGGAGGAGGAGGAGGAGGCAGGGUUAAGAAGAAACGGAAGAAAAAGGACAAGAGAGAACGGGAGAAAGGAGGAGUGGAGGCGGAGGAAAGGGAAAGCAGCAAACCAAAGAAACGAAAGGAGGAGAAGGUGGCGGCGACGACGACGGUGGUCACACUGAGGAAGGAGCCCAGGGAGCGAAAGAAGGGCAGGACCAAGGGGACGGAGCUGAAGAAAAUGGCAGUGGGGAAAGCACCCGGGGCCACGGUGGCCCCUGGACCAGCUCAGCUGCCUGUUAAGGUGCCCGGCAAAAGAGGAAGGAAACCCAAGAUCAAAGUCCUACCUCCUGUUCCCCCCAAUCAAGCACCUCCCCCUAUCCCAGUGGUCCACGCUAAGGGGCCGGCGCACAGCGCCCAGAGCCAUGGCAAGAACCACAGACAGGCCGACAGCAAGACCCCAGUCCCCUCAGCGCCAAAACAGAGGGGCCGCAAACCCAGAGAUCCUGGCGCAGCGCCCGUGGAGAAGAAGAAGAAGGGAAAGAGGAGAAACCAGGAGCUGGCUGUCCAGGAGGGGGCGGAGAGUGACGACACUACCUCAAUGUCAGCCCUCAACAUGGGCGGAGAGGACAGCCAAGACCCCCUGGAUAACGCGAAGCGGCGUUCGGGACGUCAGGUCAAGAGGAGGAAGUAUAAUGAGGAUUUGGACUUCAAGGUGGUAGACGAUGACGGAGAGACGAUCGCAGUCCUGGGAGCCGGGCGCAUCUCGGCGCUUAACGCCACCGCUCUGGCAUGGCAGACUGAGGAACCACCUGAAGACGAGGCCAACAUCAUUGAGAAAAUUCUGUCUGUCAAAACAGUAAAGAAAGAGACUUUAUCAUCAGAGGACCAAGCCGAGGAGACAGAGACGUUUUAUGUCAAGUACAGAAAUUUUUCCUACCUACACUGCAAGUGGGCCACUCUGGAGGAGCUGGAGAAAGAUCCAAGAAUCCACCAGAAGAUUAAACGCUUCAGGACCAAACAAGCCCAGAUGAAACACCUGUUCACCGAGCCCGAUGAGGACUUAUUUAACCCAGACUAUAUAGAGGUGGACAGAGUGCUGGAGGUGGCCGUUACCACGGAUACGGAGACCGGAGAGGAGGUGACCCAUUACCUGGUUAAGUGGUGCAGUCUGUCCUACGAGGAGGCCACGUGGGAGCUGCAGGAGGACCUGGACCCGGAGAAGAUCAAAGAGUUUGAGGGGAUCCAGAAACUGCCACCAGACCUCCGACACAUGGAGCGUCCUCCUCCGGAGAAAUGGCAGAAGUUGGACCACUCCAGAGAUUACCGGAAUGGAAACAUGCUCAGAGAAUACCAGUUAGAGGGGAUGAACUGGUUACUGUUCAACUGGUACAACAGAAAAAACUGCAUACUGGCCGAUGAGAUGGGGCUGGGAAAGACCAUCCAGUCCAUCACCUUUCUGUACGAGAUCUUCAGCAUGGGGAUCCGCGGGCCCUUCCUCAUCAUCGCCCCCCUGUCCACCAUCACCAACUGGGAGAGGGAGUUUCGCACGUGGACGCACAUGAAUGUCAUCGUGUACCAUGGCUCGCAGAUCAGCCGGCAGAUGAUCCUGCAGUACGAGAUGUUUUACAGAGACCCACAGGGUAACACUAUCCCAGGUGUGCUGAAGUUCCACGGGGUGAUCACCACCUUUGAGAUGAUCAUGGCUGACUCUCCGGAGCUGAAGAAGCUCCACUGGCGCUGCGUGGUGAUCGACGAAGCCCACCGCCUGAAAAACAGGAACUGCAAACUACUGGAAGGACUCAAGCUCAUGAACCUGGAACAUAAGGUUCUGCUGACAGGGACCCCUUUGCAGAACUCAGUGGAGGAGUUGUUCAGCCUGUUGAAUUUCCUGGAGCCGCUGCAGUUUCCUUCCGAAAGCACCUUCCUGGAAGAAUUCGGAGACCUCAAAACAGAUGAACAGGUGAAGAAGCUCCAGGCCAUUCUGAAGCCCAUGAUGUUGAGGAGACUGAAGGACGACGUAGAGAAAAACCUGGCGCCUAAACAAGAGACCAUCAUAGAGGUGGAGCUGACCAACAUUCAAAAGAAAUAUUACCGAGCCAUCUUAGAGAAGAACUUCUCCUUCCUGUCCAAAGGAGCAAACCAGCACAACAUGCCCAACCUCAUUAACACCAUGAUGGAGCUCCGCAAGUGCUGCAACCACCCCUACCUUAUCACAGGAGCGGAGGAGAAGAUUCUGGAAAGCUUCAGGAAGUACCACAGUCCGGACGCACUGGACUUCCAGCUGCAGGCCAUGAUCCAGGCCGCUGGUAAACUGGUGCUGAUCGACAAGCUGCUGCCCAAACUGCUGGCCGGGGGACACAAAGUCCUGGUCUUCUCCCAGAUGGUCCGCUGUCUGGACAUCAUGGAGGACUACCUCAUACAGAGACGCUACACGUACGAACGCAUUGACGGCCGCGUGCGAGGGAACCUGCGGCAGGCGGCCAUCGACCGGUUCUGCAAGCCCGACUCGGACCGCUUUGUUUUCCUGCUGUGCACCCGAGCCGGAGGGCUGGGAAUCAACCUUACGGCUGCAGAUACCUGCAUCAUCUUCGACUCCGACUGGAACCCCCAGAACGACUUGCAGGCCCAGGCACGCUGCCACCGGAUUGGCCAGAGCAAAGCGGUGAAAGUCUAUAGACUAAUCACCAGGAACUCUUACGAGAGGGAAAUGUUUGACAAGGCCAGUCUGAAGCUGGGGUUGGACAAAGCUGUCCUCCAGGACAUCAACCGCAAGGGAAGCCUCAACGGGGUGCAGCAGCUUUCUAAGCUGGAAGUGGAGGAUCUGUUGAAAAAAGGAGCAUACGGAGCACUGAUGGACGAAGAAGACGAGGGCUCCAAGUUCUGUGAGGAAGACAUCGAUCAGAUCCUCCAGAGACGAACCCAGACUAUCACCAUCCAGUCUGAAGGGAAAGGGUCCACGUUCGCUAAGGCCAGUUUCAUCUCAUCUGGUAACAGAACGGACAUUUCUCUGGACGACCCCAACUUCUGGCAGAAAUGGGCCAAGAUCGCUGAGGUGGAGAUCGACUCCAAAUCGGAGAAGGAGUCCCUGGUGAUCGACACGCCUCGGGUGAGGAAACAGACCCGUCACUACAACUCCUUCGAGGACGACGAGCUGAUGGAGUUCUCGGAGCUGGACAGCGACUCGGAGGAGCGGCCGUGCAGGACUCGCCGCCUGGGCGAGCGCAGCCGGCGGUACCUCCGCGCCGAGUGCUUCCGGGUUGAAAAGAACCUGCUUAUCUUCGGAUGGGGUCGGUGGAAGGACAUCCUGAACCACGGGAGGUUUAAAUGGCACCUGGCAGAGAGAGACAUGGAGGUGAUCUGUAGGGCUCUGCUGGUCUACUGCCUGAGACACUACAAAGGCGACGACAAGAUCAAGAGCUUCAUCUGGGAUCUGAUCACACCCACCAAGGAGGGCCAGGACCAGGCGCUGCUCAAUCACUCCGGUUUAUCGGCUCCGGUUCCUCGCGGUCGGAAGGGGAAGAAGCUGAAGAACCAGCUGAAUGUUUCGGAGGUGAAGAACGCUGACUGGCUGGUCCACUGUAACCCUGAGGUGGUGCUGCAGGACGAGAGCUACAAGAAGCACCUCAAACAACACUGCAACAAGGUGCUACUGAGGGUGCGGAUGUUGUACUACCUAAAGGUGGAGGUGUUGGGUGAUGCUGCCAAUCAAGCCCAGGAGGGGAUACCAGCCAGUAAACUGGAGGUGUCGCUACCCGACAUCGACUACAUAGAGAUUCCAGCUACGUGGUGGGAUGCUGAAGCUGAUAAAUCUCUCCUCAUAGGAGUCCACAAACACGGCUACGAGCGGUACAACGCCAUGCGUGCAGAUCCAGACCUGUGUUUCCUGGAGAGAGUGGGGAUGCCAGACGUCACCGCGCUGUCUGCUGAGCAGGGAGGAGGGGAGGGGGCCCCCGACAUGGCCGACAGUGUGUGCAAAACGGAGGAGGUGAAGGACGAGAGUGAAAGCAAAGCUGACGGAGGGGAGGACAGAGACGAGAGCAGCAAGGGAGAGGAAACCUGCUCCAGCACGGAUACCUCCGACAAGCCUGACAGCACCGGUCCAGACUCCCAGAUGUCAGGUGACUUGUGCGCCCAGGAUGCCACAUUGGUCACCACCACCACAACAACGGGAACCGGGACUGGGGUGGCGUCUCUCCAUGUGGUCCAAGCCCGGCCCCUAUGGCCCACCGGCCCCGCCCUGACGGCCCGUUUACGCCGCCUGAUCACCGCCUACCAGCGCUUCACGCUGCGCCGCGAGCCGCUGCUCCGGCACGACUUCCUGCUCCACGACGGCCUCGUCGGCAUGGGGAUGGGAGGGGCCGGAGCCGCAGCCGCUCACAGCCAUCACGCCGCCGGGCCGCUAGCAUGGCAGCUGGGCGAGGAGCUCAGGCGGUGCUCGGUGGUCGCCACGGAGCCCGACCCCUUGUUCCUGGAGUGGCAGAGAAGGUGGACUCGUCGAGAGCAAGCUGAUUUUUACCGCACCGUAUCAUCAUUCGGGGUGGUGUAUGACCCAGAGAGGAAGUCCUUCGACUGGUCCCAGUUCAGAGCGCUGGCCCGACUGGAGAGGAAGACGGACGAGAGUCUGGAGAAAUACUUCAACUCCUUCGUCAACAUGUGUAGGACGGCCUGCAAACUGCCUCCAAGGAAGGAAGAAGCUGCAGCCCUCAUGUCCCUCCUGGGGACCUCGUUCCUGGGGAACAUUACUGCCCCAUGCUGGUGGGAGGAUUCAGGGCUGGUGGAUCCCGCUGUGCUGGUGGAGCCUCUGACCGAAGAGAGAGCUGCCCGGACUUUAUACCGCAUCGAGCUGCUCCGGAAGAUCAGAGAGCAGGUUCUCCGUCACCCGUUGCUCUCGGCCCGCCUCCAGCUGUGCCGCCCCUCCCUCUACCUUCCGGUCUGGUGGGAGUCUGGCAAACACGACCGCGACCUCCUGAUCGGGGCGGCGCGCCACGGCCUGAGCCGCACCGACUUCUACAUCCUGAACGACCCCCAGCUGAGCUUCCUGGAAGCUCACAGGAACUACGUCAGGGGGCACCCAGCUCAUCUUCACCCCCAGAGCCACCACCACCCUCACCACCCGGGCUUGGUGACUCACUCUAGCAUCACUUCUUCGUCGUCCUCGUCUAAUCCGCAGCUGCCCCUGCCUCACUGCUGCCUGUACGAUUCGGGUCUGGGUCGCCACUCCCCUCAGCCCCCCGAGUAUCCCCACCAGUCCUCUCACCACCACCACCACCACGCCCACCACCAGCAUCACUCCGUGCCUCCAUCGGCUCCUUCUCCUUCCUCUUCCUCCUCCUCUCACCCUCACCUCCACCCUCUGCCGUUGGACGCCCAAAAUUCUGCCUCCCCCAGUCUGGGAAUAGUUCCUGGCUCCCGGGGAGAUUUCCUCGACUGUCCCCCUCUGGAUGAAACCCUGGAGCUGGGUGUGCUGCAGCAUGACCCCCUGUCUGCAGAGGCUUUACACGGAGGGAAGGCGUCCAAAGACGCCCUCAACGGUUUCCCGUUCAAUUCGGCGGCGGGGGGCCAGAGCAUGCUCAACUCGUACGGCGUGGGGGGCACGGACCUCGAUUUGAAACUAAGGAGUGAUGUGCUUGUAGGUGAGCAGGGCUCCUCAGAGGAAACGGGCCUGAUGGCGCCAUCGGUGGAGUUGGAUCAGUUACAGGCUCCCUGGGACGGCACGGACCACUCCAGUCCAGCUCACCACAUGUUCAAUGAAUCGGAUCCCAUCCUGGGUCCUCCCACUCUGGAGACCGGCUUCCUGGAGGACGAGGAGGCCCAGGGGGGAGACCGGGGAGGGGAAGAAGGGGGAACUCUGGAGGAGUGUCUGGGCCUUCCACCCUCAUCCUCCCCCUCCCACCCGUCUGCAGGAGAUUCUGUGGAGCCGCUGUCCUCAAGUUAUAUGCUCUUCAAGGACAUUGGCGUGAGCGAGGAACCCAGCGCAGAUCAAACGGACCUGUCGGCGAGCCCCCCUCCUCCCUACGUCCCCCCUCCUCCCCUCUCUUUGUCUGGCAUCACUGGCCACGAGCCGCAGGAUAGGCUGGGCCACUCUGACGUCGCCGAGAGCCUGGCCAAUGCCGUGGAGGGAGGAGAAGGCCAGGAAGUAGGCGUAGGGUUUGAGUUUGAUGACAAGGAGGAAGAAGAAGUGGAAGACUUGUCCAGGGCCGCCAUGGAGCACAACUUGGAAAAACAGAGCGAUCACUGUCUGGUAGGGGAGGAGUGUGAUGCAGACCAAGGCGCAGACCGAGGUUUGGGAGUCAUGGAUCCACCCAUGGAAGUGCCGCAGCUGGACGGGAUCGUGCCAGAGCCGGGCCUCGGAGAACAGGACGAACAAGACCUUCAGGAGAGCUUCGACCAGGCAGAGCAUAAAGUGGAGUUGCCGCGAGACGUGCAUCCGUAUCUCGGGAAGCUGGGACAGGAGGGUAGCUUCGCGUGUCCUGAGUCUAUUGAAGAGCCUGGAGAGGAAGUGGGCGGGUUGAUCCUGUAUCAGACGGUGGAGGAAAACUCUCUUGACACUGAAACGUUGAUGGGCAGCGCAGCUGGAGAGGACGGACCAGCGGAGUGCGCAGAUCUGGCAGAUCAAGUGGACGAGAUCUCUGAAGGGCAGAUUGAUCACGUUUCUCUUAUGGAUGUCACAGUGGUUGGACCCGGCGAUGAAAUGACAGCGAGCCAAUUCAACGUCAAACCCGACGACAUGGUGCUGCAGAGCGUUUACUCGGAAUACGCCCAACCCUCCUGCCCUACUGCGUCUGUCUCAUCCCCCACAGUCGCAUCAAAGUCUGAUGAAAGCACCGCAACGAGCGGCGGCGCCGGAGUCAAAACGGAAGUCUCCAUGGAUCAGGCCAACUACGAAGGUACAGUUGAAGAUCUGAACUUGCCAUACGGCAGCAGGGACUGCAAGAAUCGAGUCCUGACAUUCUCCCUUCAUCCGGACAGCAAAGACAAUCUGCUCGAGCAAAAUGAAAUCAAAAUUGCCCCGACUCUACCUGCAAACAGUAUUGACACGAAGCCGUCUGAUCUUAAAUUUUCUCUGCUAUCAGACCGGGGUGGUGAGAAGAAACCACAGCAACUGGAGCUGCCAGUCAAGGUAGAGGAGACCAAGACGGAGACGGCUGUCGAUGUCUACCCUGACAGCUCCAAACUCAAACAUGGAAAAUUCCUUUCCUACUGCGUGAAGUCGGAAAACGUGGUGACCAAAGCCGAGCAGUUAGACUAUCCUGUCAAACCAGAAACGCCGGAGACUAAAGCCGAAGAUCUAAGCCUUCCCGUGAAGCCUGAGAGCUUGGACCGUAAACCCGAAGUCCUCCAGUUCGCCGCCUACUCAGAAGGCGCCCAAAUCAAAUCUGAAGCGAAACCAGUAGCUCUCCAGUUCGCUGCGUAUACAGACGGAGCUAAGCUGAAGACUGAGGCCGAGCCAGAGGAUUUAAGGUUGACGGCCUUCCCCGACACCUCUUCCAUCAAGCCCGAAGCCAAGCCAGAGGCUCUGGAGUUCCCGACCUACCCAGACAGCUCGGAGAUCAAACCCCAGGCCAAGCCGGAGCACCUGGAGUUUACAGCUCUACCCCAGAUCAAGGCCGAGGCCAAGCGAGAGCUGCUGGAGGCAGACAGCACCGUCCUGACCCCGAAGCUGGAGCAGGCAGACGGGCUGCUGGACGCCUCGGAGAGUCUGGGGGGGAAAGGCCCCGUGAAGGAGGAGAGGCCAUCUACACCAGUGGCCGUGGUGGAAGGUUACCCGGGCAGCCCCAGGUUUGCAGCUCCUAUUUCCAUGUGUGAGAUCCCCGACAGCCUCCAUGACACCCGGGAGCCCACCAUCGCCCAGCUGCUGCAGGAGAAAGCACUGUACUCGUUUUCUGAGUGGCCCAAGGACCGGGUUAUCAUCAACCGCCUGGACAGCAUCUGCCACGCCAUCCUGAAGGGGAAGUGGCCUUCGUCAAGUGAGCAGUACGACUCGCCCGGCUCCCUGGUGGCCAACUCUUGCCUGGCCAACAGUUUAGCCCAGCAGCAGCAGCACCACCGGGCCAGCUUUCUCCCCACCACGGCCUCCAGCUCGGUCCCAGGCCAGACCAGGGCUCAGCAGACCAACCUCGGCCUGGGCUUCUCCAUCCCUCCCCCUCUCACAAGACUACCUAAGUACAUGUCGCGGGGCGGCGCAUGUGGGCGCGGAGCUUGGCGCCUCAACUCCUUGCCUCUCUUACAGGAGAGGCUCGUGGCUCCUCCGUACCUCCCCGAGCUCAAACGAGCGGGGGGUCGGCGGUCAUUUGACUACGAAGCCGCUGCCGCUGCAGCCGCCGCCAAGGUUUUAGCUGGGAAAUCGGCAUGCCACGCCGCCGCCGCCACGAGCUCCAGUGGCGCUACUCCGGUGGUGGCGCCGCCCUCUCACCGCACAGGAGCCGCCAUGUUGAUCAACGGCUGGCAAGAAACGGCCAUAGAUCUGACCAAGGCGUCCGCAGAAAUAAGCACCACCAGUGGCGCCGGGACGGGAGAAGCGGUCGGCCACCACGGCGCCGGCAGCUGUCACAAGCUGCCGCCUCCGCCGCCGCCCCCCAUCACCGCGCCGCUGCAAGGCUCUGUGGGUAUGGACAUGGCUGGGAUACUGCAGGCAGGGCUCAUCCAUCCUGUUACGGGCCAAAUAGUUAACGGAAGCCUGAGGGGAGAUGACUCACUGAGGAGGAGGAGAGGGAGGAGGAGAAACGUGGAAGCACUGUACUCUGAGUUCACCAAGAGCAGAGGACUGCACCUCCCAGAGACACAGGGCCGAUUGGAGGUGAUCAGCCACUCCUCCGUCUCCUCCUCCACCUCCUCACCGUCCCCGUCUCCUUCCGAGCGCCCCGCUGGCCCCCCCACGCCGUCCUCCUCCUCCACCCCCACCCCCACCCAGACGCCUCCUCAGCCAGAGAUCGUGGCCAUCGACCGAGAGGCGGCCAGCAAAGGUCUGAUCGAGUGGCUGAGACAGAAUCCGGGCUACAGCAUGGAUCUCCCCACGUUCGCUCAUUCUGGAGCAGGUCUGUUACAUGGUUUUGUGGAGCGUCCCAAGCAGAGGAGACAUCGCUGUAAAGACCCGACCAAGCUGGAUAUCAACUCUCUGACGGGGGAGGAGAGGGUUCCUGUUGUGCACCGAGGCACCGGACGCAGGCUUGGUGGUGCUAUGGCUCCGGCCAUAAAGGAGCUCUCCCGGUGGCUGGAUGCCAACUCAGAGUACUAUGUAGCUCCAGACUGGGCUGAUGUGGUCAAACACUCUGGUUUCCUCCCCGAGGGGAAGUUCUCUCGGAUCCUGACGGAACCCGUCAACAGAGACCCGGGCUCUCGCCGCCGCGGACGCCGGCCUCGCAGCGAGAUGCCCAAGCCCCUGCUGUCCGUCUCCGACUCUGCCUCAGCCGGCCUCGGCCCCCCGCUCUUCAUGAACGGCGGGUUAAUCGGCAGCAUGGACUCCAUGGUGGCCAUGCAGAACCUCCGGGGUGCUAUUCCUGGGAUUCCCAUCUCCGGCAUCAUGGCUGCUGGAUUCCCACACGGUUUCUCCGCAGCCGUCCAAGCGGGCGGAGCCGCCGGGGAAGACGCCAAAAACGGGUUGAGUAUGUUACCCAUGAUGCUGCACGGCAUCCCGCACCCGCAUGGGGCUGGGAUCCCACAACAUGCCUUGUUCAGCGUUGGCGCAAUGAUGGCGCACACGCCUCCCCCUCCUCCUCCUCACCCCAGCUCCUCCUCCUCCUCUUCGUCGUCACUGUCCGCCGCAAAGGUCACCACGACGACGGCGCCUUCGACGUCCGACGCGGCCAGCCCCUCGUCCACCACGCCCGCUGAGAGAGAGAGCGCCGCCGCCGCCGCCUUCUCCGGCUCCGGCGGAGGAGAAAAGGAGCCAGCCCCGGAGGAGAAAGGAGCAGCAGAAGCCAACAAAAGAGCGGCGGAGGCGGCGGCGGCCGUCAUUACCUCCACCAGCAGAGCCCACGUCGGCGCCGCGCACCUCGGAGCCGGCACCGGCAGCCAUCUCACCUUCAACCCCUUCCUGAUCCCGGGCAUGUCCCACGGCCUGCUGUACCCGCACAUGUUCCUGCCCCACGGCGGCAUCAUGGCGCUGCCCGCCAUGCCUCCCGGCCCAGGCGACGGCUCCCCGGGCAGCCCCAAGAGGAGGAAGAAGAGGGAGAAAGAGGAGGAGAGGGAGAAGGCGGCGGGAAAGGGAGAGGAGCGAGAAAGUACAGUCAAGGCAAACGCCAGCUCCUCGUCUACCUCCGCCCCUCCCUCUACCUCAGCUCCAGACCCAGGCCCGGGUGCGACCGAAGAGGACGGUCCCGCGGAGCCCCAGGAACCGGACUCCCGUAACCCUGCCGAGGGAGCGGCAGCGGAGGAGAGAUUGAAGGACAACGAGGGAGGGGCAACAGAGGAGGAGAAGCGGGACGCUGAGGAGCAGAGACAGGCGGAGGGAGAGGAAGCGUAGAGGAGGAGAAAACUGCAGAGAGAUGACCACUUCCUGCUCCGCCCCUCCUCCAGCCUCCCUCGCCGCUCCUCUCUCGACUGAGCAACAGUGUAAAGUUUGUGCCGUGUCUGUCAGUCAAUGUCCAUGUAAAGACUUUUAUUAUGAUGAUGACUAACGAUAACGAUGAUGAUGAUGAUGAUUAUAUUCAACUUAGUUCUGUUUCUAUACCAAGACCCCACCCACCCUGUCCACUCCCUCCUUGUAUACAAAAAAAAAAAAAAAAAAAAAACCAACCAGUGUAAGAAAUGUUCUUCUGUGUAUUCUCCCCCUUCAUUCUGCAUCGAGACUGAGUCGGGAGGGACACUCAAUAGGAACACGCACACAAACACGCACACACACACACACUCUGCAGGCAAGCUGUGCUAACCAAGGAGCAGCGUUGGCAGUAAUGAUUCGGUCAUAAGCUAAAAGUGAUCCGAGGUGGUGUGUUUGCAAAGUUCUGGACUGGUGUGUUUUUGCGCGGACUAGAGGAUGACAACGCAGGGUUGUGUGGCUCAGCUGUCACGAGUUUGGUUCUCUAAAGUUGGUCAAAUUUCUCACAACAGUUUAUAUACGUUUAUGUUUGAGGUCCAAACCCGAGCCGGAUUACUGUCUUGUUAUGUUUGACUUUUGCCACGCUCCACUAAACUGAGUGAUAUUUUUUUUGGGGGGGCGGGGCGGAUUAUCUCUGUGCAAUGUUCAAAAACCUUGCAGGCGAAAGUGUAUGUUGGUAACCAACAUUUCCAGAUACAUGUGACACUACAACACCUCUUUCUCCUCAAUACUAAGGGAAAACACUGAUACACAUAAACCUAACAUGCGAGAGCUAUACGAAAAUGCACAGCAGCCCAAAUUUAUUUCAAAGGGUAGCCCUUUUGAAUAUCUCUUAAGUCGUCUUGAUGUGACUCAGAGAAUAAAAGUACAUUUAAGAAAGCUGCCGAAUCAGAAAAAAUAAAUACAUUUGUUGGUUAGUUUUUUACUAAAAUUGAGAAAAUUGACUACAAUUUACAAGUGACAUUGACUAGAAGGUCCAAAAAGUCACAGUACAAGUGAGGUGAAGAAAUCCCAGGCAUGAAUGUUGUAUCUUAAUUGUAAGAUAGCAUUGUCUGCCAACCCCCCACGUUUUAAAUCCUGUCAUUCAUGUUUUUUUUUUCUACUAUUACAAACUAUUAUUAUCAAUACUAUGCCAUUGCUGCUAUAACUUCUUUUUUGAAGGAAGUUCCAAGAGUUAAAAGGUCCUUUACUCUUCACACUAUAGUAACAAUCCAGAUUUCGAGAACAGGAAAACAUUGAGUGCAACAGAUACUCACAGCCAGAAGAACUCCACCUUUUGCUUUUAUUGAUAAAAGCAGAGAACAAUCAUGAGAUUGAUUUGUUUCUAUACUUUUUAGAUCAUGUUAAAGAUGUUUUGUUUAAACUCAGACGCAAAGUCCCUUUGAGAGAUUGCCCCUCAAGUGUUCAGGCCUAGUCAGAGGAAAUGAAAGACAGAAAUUCAAGAGCUCUUUCGGGGCCACCAGGGGGCGGUAGGAGGCAGAUUUGAUUGUAUCCUGUACUGCAAACACAAGGGUGGAGGGAUUGUGGGAGAAAAGAGGAGAAGAGGUUGUGUUUUAGUUUUUUAAAUCUGAGUCCCAGAUAAAUUUAACUUACAGCCAAUCAAUAAAACAGUGGCUCAUCAGGAGUAGUAUUAAAUGACUGCUGCAAAAUGGAUCCAAUCAUGUACCUUGUAGCAUCAUGGCCCUUUCUGUGUGGCCCUACUGUCUUCUCCUCACGUUUUGAUUCUGUGUUCAGAGAGGUAUUAUCCGCACGUCGUUGACCAUCUGUCCAGCGAAAGGGAAUAGUCUGUUCUUACAGAUAAAACGGGAAGAGGAGGGUUGAGUGCCUCGUCGUUGCUCUUUGUCUCAUUUCUUUUCCUCGGAUUAGUUUUAAUAGCCGUUCAUACUAAGAGUUUCUAAAUAUGUAAAUCUAUCACUGUAUAUUGCUGGGUUUUUUUUCUUUCUUUAAAUGCACCAUUUAUUUCUUCCGGCAUUCGUUUGUUCUCCAUUUGGGAAAAAAGAAAAUACUUGACAGAUGCAAGGGGGAUUUUUGCAUUGAGUUUAGUCCCCGUGUUUUCGGUAUUAAACAGACUGUACUGUACAUUAAAUGGAUGCAAGUU